AUGCCCCAGAAUGUGUUUAUAACUUGUGAGAUUUUUGAUGUCUGGGGUAUCGACUUCAUGGGCCCCUUCCCUCCAUCUUUUGGUAAUACAUAUAUCCUUGUUGCUGUUGACUACGUCUCUAGGUGGGUUGAGGCGCAAGCUUUGCCCACUAAUGAUGCUAGACGUGUUUGUGGUUUUCUGAAACAGCUAUUCUCCCGGUUCGGGACACCUAGAGCCAUCAUAAGCGACCGAGGCUCCCAUUUCCACGGUCAAUUCGAUAAGUUGUUGUCUCGCUAUGGUGUAACUCAUAAGGUGUCCGUGGCCUACCAUCCUCAAACCAGUGGCCAGGCCGAGCUGACGAACCGGGAGCUCAAGCGGAUCUUGGAGAAGACGGUGAACUUAUCCCGCAAGGAUUGGUCCACCAAGCUCGAUGAUGCUCUGUGGGCAUAUCGCACUGCCUACAGGACGCCCAUUGGUACCUCACCGUACCGGCUUGUCUAUGGAAAGGCAUGCCAUUUGCCCGUGGAGCUCGAGCACAAGGCCUUCUGGGCCCUUAAGCUGCUAAACUUGGAUGUUAGUGUUGCAGGUGUUGAGCGAAAAAUGCAGAUGUUGGAGCUGGAAGAGUGGCGUUAUCACGCCUAUGAGAACACCAAGCUGUACAAGGAGCGCACUAAGCGCCUGCAUGAUGCACGGUUGCGGGGUCCGAAAGAUUUCCAGGUUGGUGAUCGAGUUCUCCUUUAUAACUCUCGCCUGAAGCUCUUUCCUGGAAAACUCCGUUCCCGGUGGUCUGGACCGUACACGGUCACACAGGUGUUCCCGUAUGGCAAGAUUGAAAUUUCCAACCCGCAAACUGAGCCGUUUAAAGUGAAUGGCCAUCGUCUCAAGCUCUACCUGGGAGACGAGGUCGAACGUGCGGAGUUGGCAGUGGAGCUCGCGGACCCUUAG